AUGCAUCUUAUGUACACUUUGUCGCCUGAGGGCAAGCGUAUCUACACCCUCAAGAAACUCACCCCUGCUGGCAAGGUUACUAAAUCCGCCCAUCCCGCUCGCUUUUCACCUGAUGACAAGUACUCCCGUCAUCGUGUUACUCUCAAGAAACGUUUCGGUAUUUUGUUGACUCAGCUUCCUUCCAAGCAACUGUAA